GACCGUGUAUAAAAGCCUGUUGGCCAUUUGUCGAGCAAUCAGUUGACAAGGUACCGAUGGGAAAGCUAAUGCUAAAUCUUGUGGUUAUAAGCCUUCUGCUGUGUCUGGCAUCAGCCUUAACCCGAAAGCAGGCUGCCGAGCGGAUGAAUAAUUGCAUGGAGUUUAAAGCGUAUGGCGAAUGUCAUGGAUCACACACCCGAUGGUUCUACGAUACGAUGACCAACAAUUGCAAGACUUUCGUCUACAGCGGCUGUGGGGGCAACUUUAAUCGAUUCUCCAGUGCAUCCCAAUGCUUUAACUAUUGCACGCACAAGGAUAUAUCCUAUGAUAGAAAAUGAACUGUUAAUACAUAGUAGCUAUUGGAUAAACCAAUUAAUUAUGAUUCGAUUUGAAUUCUUAAGCUAUAACAGAUACCUUUUAGGUAUAUAAACCUUAAUAAUUCGUAUGCAUAAAGCUACUUAGCCCCGAGGGGUAGGUGCAAGUAGAUGGAACUUUAUGGAGUUUUCAAAAGUAUAUGUAUAUCCCUCUAACCACCUGUUAAUAAACUUAUUUAAUAUA